AUAUUUUGAAUAUUUCAAAUAGUCGGCUAGAUGACUUAAGUGCCUGUUGUGAAGAAACUAAAUGGGAAAUAUAAAAAAUUCAGAGAAAUAAAAAUAACUGCAAUUUCUGGAAAAUAAGUAAUUGUGUUGACCUAGUUGACACGUCUCUUCAGCAAUCGUUUAUGUAGAUCUUAUCGCUAGAUUGUUACACUGCAAUUUAAGCCUCAUAUGCAACGUAUGGGUGUACAAAACGCAGUCGAUAAACAUUUAUGUUCAGUCAAAAAGGUAUCUUUGAACGGUAUUGUUGCAAUAGUUCGACUCGAAAGUCGUAGUUAAGCUGAUAGUAUAUGCAGUAAUGAGGAUCAAAAUAAUCAUUUUUUGCUGGUAUUGCAUACAGGCUGCCGAUAGUGCGUUCAAUGAUUUUAAUUAUUUGAAAUUUUCUCCUAAUAGUUCAACGAAGCGGCUCAUUAGUGAUGCGAGACGAUUGGUUGAAACGUGUCUUAUAAAUAAUUCGAAUCCGGCUAUAAUAACUUCUGAUUUAAUUGAGGAUGGUAACAAACUUCAAAAUCCGGGUGAUGCUAAUGGAAUAAAUCCACCGGUGAUUGUAAUUAACGAUGAAUUAAAAGGGGAUAGAGUCAAAGGAUACGUUCCUACUUACCCCACAUAUGUCCUGUCAUUUGAGUCAAUUGAAAAACUGGAGGCACAAGCUAAGGAGUUUAGAUCAUCGGCAAUCUGGAGUGUGAAGUCGCCUUUCUUGGUCCUCGACUCUAACAAAGAGUCUCUUUGUUCGAAUGCUGGGAAAGUACUUGGGAUUUUGUGGACAAUGGAUUUAUUGUCUGCGUAUUACUUGUGUUAUGACGUUAGCAACGAUUCGACGAUUGUUUAUACUUUGAAUCCGUUCACGAAUUACGCUCCUCGUCCGUGGGCUAAAGUUGAGGCAGCUAACCAAUUUGACAACAAGGGCAAGAAAUGGACACUCUACAAUCGUCAAUAUUCAAAAGUUACAGAUCGGACUCCAUGCAAAAAUAUAUGCUUUGAGAAGACUCAAGAAUUGGAUGGUCAUGAAAUUAAAUUAUUCGGACAUGCUUCGAAUUCACAGAAGGAUGAUAACAUUAGGACAAGAGGACACAAAAUUGUCGAUAGCUUUGCCGAUGAAAAAUUAGUAAGUUUAUUGGGAUGGUCGAGAUAUAUUAACGCCCAAAGAGUAAUUUACUUUUUACCGCUUAGUGCGAUGAAUACUAUUGCUGAGGAAGGUUAUAUUGCGGAAUUAGCUAAUAAAAAACUUGACGCUCAUGUAAAACUAUUGCAAUUAGCGGAUACUAAUUACAAGUUUUCAGACUUUAUAACGCAGUAUCUCGAACGAAGGUAUUCGAUUUUAACUAAAAAGUCAAAUUAUUUAACGGCGAUAAGCGAGAUAACUUACAAUCUGCAGUUUAUUAUUUCGACAAUAGUUGUCUUGUUAUUGAUAGCAGUGAUUAUGAUAGUUAAUAACAAAUUUGACAUAAGCGGGGGUAUUAUGGACGUGAUAAAAAUGUCGGCAGGAAUGGGCGUGAUGUCACCAUUCGACCGGCUAUCGACAAGAAUAAUUUACUUAAGCGGCUUCUUGUUUAUUUUCACUGUAAUGCCCGAGUUCCAGGGACAGAUAUCUGCCAUUUUGUCGAAGCCUAUGCGCCGUAACGUUGAGUCGUUAAAAGAUCUGUACGAAAAUAAGUUUCACGUUUAUUAUGACAAGUUAUUAGAGAAUGAUAUUAUCAAUGAAAAUUUGUGGGUCACUGAUGAGGACAAAAAAUAUUUACAUCCAUUGGAUCAAUUAGAAUUAUUUGACUGUUCAUUGAAAGUACAAAAGGAUCCAUUAAUAUCCUGUAUUUUUUUCACAUGGCAUCACUUACAAGUUGCUUCAAAAUCAAAAUAUUUGAUUUUGUAUGUUUCGAAAAAGGUUACUUUUAAAAAAUAUUACGUUUAUUGGACAAGAAAAGACUGGGCCGUCAAACAGAAACUCGAUAAAAUAGCUUCAUUAUUUGUGGAAUCGGGUCUUAUUCAUUAUGGCAUUGAAAAAGUAAACGAGUAUUCCAAGAAAGUAAAGAAAUUGGAUAAAAUCGAGCAACAAAGAAAUUUCGACCAGAUUGAUUUUGAUCAUUUGGUGAUUAGUUAUAUGUUCACUGGAGCAAUUGUACUGUGGGGUUUGUUUAUCUUUGGAAUUGAAGUUCUCUUCCAUAAGCAUUCGAAAAUUUGCAGGCAAAUUAAAAUGCGCAGAUAUUUUAGAAAGAACAUUUCUGUAAGAUCGCAGCCGAGAAUUAUUUUCUUUCCCGGGCGAAUGGUUCUCUUAAACAACCGCAAUCAAGCUUAAAUAAAAAAUAAUAAAUUUAACAUUCGGGGUGAGAAAAAAACUAAAAAAACCGAAAUCUAAAGAUCUCAUAUUACUUUAUUACAAAAAUAUUGUUCUGAAUUUUGAAUUUUCGAGUGUGUGUUGAUUUGUGUCAUCACCAGUUAUUUGUGACUGGAAUAAUAUCAUAAAUUAAACUUAUACGUAUUGUUUUCAAUUUUUACUUAUGACUUGAUAUUUAUCAAUUAUUCUAAUCUAUUAAUAAAAAUCUCAUUAAACAACUUAUUUUUUUCUGU